UUGCUAUGUUAAGAGGCUCACUCCUCUCUCUUACUAUUCUUGGGGCUUCAACCCAUCCUGAUUUUUAAUGUUUUUGCUUAUGUCAUGAUCCUAAUGAUAGAUAAAGAGAGAAAAAAAUAUUGAACCCAGCUAAUCAAGUCUGUGAUCUUUGAAAAUAAUCGUGAUGAGAGAAGAGUGCGUUUAACAGUGUGUUUAAUGGUCAUCCUACUUCCUGCCAUUCUUUCAAUGUGAUGAAUAAGAAGGCUGUCUGAUUCUGCCCUUGACCACUCCUAUAUUUCUUUGUACCAUUAACUCUUUUCUGUUAUUUAGCAUCUUUUAAUUUUUUUCUGUUCCUUAUGAGAGCCACAUCUAAACACUAUACUGGCUACAAAUGUGAAGAUCUAUUCCUGUAAUUCUUUUCUCUUUCUUGUGACAGCCAUAUCUAAACAUUACACUGGCUACAAAUGUGAAACUCUUUUCUCUCUCCUGACAUCUUUAUCUAAAUAUUAUACUUGCUAGGAAUUUGAUAAUCUAUUUCAUUCUUUUCUCUCUCUUGUGACAGCUUUAUCUAAACAUUAUAUUGGCUUGGAAUUUGAUAAUCUAUUUAAUUCUUUUCUCCCUCUUGUGACAGCUUUAUCUAAGCAUUAUACUGGCUAGGAAUUUGAGAAUGUAUUCACUUGAAAAAUUGUUUUCUCUACAUUGUGGAUGCAUGCAAUGACUACAUACAGUGCAUGUGAACUGCUGUUGAAAGAGUUGAUUAAUGUGGGCUGUAGUCAUCUUGUUUCCUGCCAGUCUUUCUACAUGACAAAUUGCAUGGUGUGUUUGAUCCUCCCCAUGCCCAUUCCUGUAUUCCUUCACUCCAUUCACCCUUCACUGGUAUUCAACACAUUUUUCCUCCCUGAGGCAUUCUGUUUUGUUUGACACCCACUUCCAAACAUUAUACUGGCCAGAAAUGUUAAAAUCUAUUCAUUAUUUUUUUCUCUUCCUUGUGAGAGCCACAGCUGAAUGUUAUAAUGUGCUGGAUACAAAUUUAAAUAUCUAUUUUUUAGUCCUUUUGUCUUCCUUGUGACAGCCACAUCUAAACAUUAUCCCUAAUAGAAAUGUGAAAAUAUAUUAUUUUAAUUCCUUUCUCUUUCUUGUGACAGCCACUACUAAAUAUUAUAUUGGCUAGAAAACUACAAAUGUAUUGUUUUCAUUCUUUUGUUUAUCUUGAGAGAGCCUCAUCUACACAUUAUUCUGGUUACAAAUGUGAAAAUCCAUUCUGUUUUUUCUCUACCUUGUGACAGUCACAUCUAAAUAUUAUAAAUGUAUUUUCAAGUUCUUUUUUGUCUUGUUUGUGACAGCCACUUCUAAACAUCAUACUGGAUAUAACUUUGAAAUCUAUUCUUUUCUUUCCUUGUUGAUGCUUGCAGAGAUUGUGCACAGUGCCCUAAGUGGUUGGAGUUGUUGCUGAGAGGUAAUUAAGGCAUUCAAGAGCAAGGGAGUGAGGAGAAAAAGCUUAGUCCAGUCUGCUGUCUGUGCAUCAAGCCUGAGCUGGUCUGCUCCCAUGAUGCAGCGUGUGGCAGUGUUAGCAGACACGGCUCUUGUCUGUACCUCAUCCUCUUAAAUAUAUGAGCCGACCCUGGGUGUGGUGGAGUACAGUGACAUGCGGCGGCUGACCAUCGCUGACCUGCCGGGACUCAUCGAGGGCGCCUACUCCAACAUGAGGAUGGGGCACCGCUUCCUGCGCCACGUGGAGUGGACACACUUCCUCCUCUUUGUGGUGGACAUCAACAGCUUCCGGCUGUCACCCAAACACCCACGCCGUUCACCCACCGAGAAUGUCAUACUGGUCAACAGGGAUAUUUGAACCAGAAACCAAAGCUAGCACAACCCACUUCAAAGCUUCCUUGGAGGGUUUCCAUGGGCUCAUUCUAGAGAAACUGGUCACUGAGAAAUUCUCCUAAACACAGAGGCAGGCAGUCUCCCUAUUGAAGCAGGCUGAAGCUAAACACUAGAGGCAACAAGAUUCAAUCUACUUUUACAUUUCAGACUCUCUCCUCAUUGGCCUUUCCAAGCACCAGCAGUAUUAGCACAAUGGCACAAGACGGGGAGGACAUAGUGCCUCUCGACCCCGAGCUUCUGGCUGAGCUGGAGGAGGAAGCAGCCUCUUGCUAUACUGAGGAGGAUAACCAGUUUACAGAGCACUGCAAGAAGAGCCUAUCUAAGCCGCCAAUACUCCCUGCUGACAGAUUUGACUGCAAAAGACAGUGCAGAGGCAACUUUAGGCAUCAAGACUACAGGAAGGAAGGAGGCUGCAGGGAUCAAGGGGAGUACAGAGGUCAUGGGAAUUAUAGGGAUUGUGGGAAUUACAGGGAUCACAGGAGGGAAUAUUCUGACCACAGGCAAGGGAGGUUUGGCAGUGACCACAGAGAUCAUGAUGACAGCAGAAGGGAUAGCGAGAAGAGGAAGUACAGGUCUGAGAGGGAGAGUGAUGAGUAUGGAAGAAGGAAUUACCAGUCCAGCAGAUACUACAAUGAGUGGGGGGGGGGAUCAUCCUGUUGAGUUUUGUGAAUCCAGUGGCUGGUAUAUUUAUCUUUCAUCAGGGCCUUCACGCAAGCUUCCACGCCAUUAAUUCUUUGACCAUUACCAAAGGUUACUGACAUUUAAUUUACAUUUAAAUGCCUGCCUGCCUGCCUGUUCAUAUCUUUCUCUCACAACAUACUCACCAUUCACUUGUGAACAUUUAGAUUUUUAGGAAAUAUUUUUGAGUAAGUUCCUUCAUCACAAGGCAACCAUCUACUAAAAAGAAAGAAAAAUGGAAUAUAUGUUGGCAUUUCCUUGAUUGCUUUUGGUGUUAGUGUGUGACCUUCCAGAGUGACAGUACAAGUGUUAUCCCCACUACAUGCACUAUAUAUAUCAUGCCUAUAUAUAGUCAUGCACUAUAUAUAACAUCACUGAGUAUCUUUUCUCUCAUUUUGAUAUAAAUGUUUGUAACACUUUACAGUAUGCUAACUUUUAUGUGGACUUACUGUAAGAUUUUUUAAAAGUAAAGUAUUUUUCCAA